ACAUACCCAUCUCAAAUCCAAUCUCUUUCUCUCACUAAGAAAAAACCCGAUCUGGUUUCUCUCAACCAAUUCUACUGCAACGAACUCCCUUCUCUCAUUCACCAACGAAACCCUAACCCUUUCAUCACCACUCAAGAACUUUCCAAACUCAUGCAAUGGAAACUCACCCGUGGAAAAUGGAGGCCGCGUUUGUUGGAUUUUGUCUCUUCGAUAGAAGAUGCUGUUGUGAAACGUGCUUCUGAGAAAGCUUUUGAGAGUCUUCCUGAUGUGGAGAAAGCGAUUUCUGAGUUAAGUGCGUUGAAAGGAGUUGGUCCUGCUACUGCUUCUGCUGUUUUGGCUGCUUUUGCUCCGAACUUGACCCCUUUUAUGUCUGAUGAGGUAGUUAUUCGUUUUUGUUUUAUCACAAGUUACAUUUUCAGUUCAAUCCCUUAUAUCAUCAUUAUCAUGAUCACAGUGCAUUUGAUAUCAACUUUUUUUAGUGUAUCCGUAUUUUAGUCUUGAAAUUAUAAUGUUUGGGUCAAUUUAAUAACAAAUUAGGCUAUGUUUGGAUAUUUUAAAACGAACUAAGUAGGGCGGAAUGUGAUAGAGUGGAAUUGAGCGGAGCGGAUUAGA